AUGUGGGAAUCGGUCCCACGGGCAACACUUGAUUUGCAGUAUGAGAUUUGGCUAUUCACGCAGGUGACCUUCGCUGAUCUUUUUUCCCUAAAGCCACCCCCAAGCCUCACCAACAAGCGACUAGUGUGGCCAGACCCCGCGACUAUGGAAUACACCAUUGAAAGGUUUCAGCGAGCAGUCAAGGCCUUCUCUCAACCUCAAGGGUCGCAAACCCAACCUCAUGAACCAGCAUCUCUCAUCGAAUCCAAUUCUUACUACUACAUGCGACACCGAGACAAAGCUAAGUUUUCCACCAUGGGUCAGGCGUGGACUGACAACGACAUUACCGAAACAUACGAUCCCAUUGAAGAUUCACCUCAUUCCAAGCGCAAGCGAGGAUCUGGGCGAAGAUGUGACAAUUCAUCUAGAUCACGGAAACGACACCAAAAAUUCUCUCCAGAAUCCCCUGAGAGCAGAAUUGAAGAAGAAGAGCAACAGAAUAGAGAGGCCAAAGAGAGUUACGAUCUCGAGAAAGAAUUUCUCCUCUCAUCGCCCUUCGACUACAACCUUCGUAGUCGCAAGAAGCCAAAAAAGACCUACGUGAAGACUGUCAAGAUGAACUACGAGACUGAUGCCGGUGGGCCGGAUCUGUCUGAUACAUCCCAUUCCCACGGCGCCUGUCUUGCGUGCCAGGAGCUUGAGAUCGAGUGCUCCCUCACCAAAGAUCCUUUCUACUAUCCCUGCCAGAAUUGUAGACAGGACAAGCUCGAAUGCAAGCUUGACCCUCCUGCUCUCUGGAAACGCACAUGUGAGGGCUGCAAAAAGCAUAGAGAGCCAUGCUCUUACAGCUCCGGGGACUAUGAUCAUAGUCAGCCGUGUCGCUGGUGCUUUCGACAUGGAUUCGACUGCAUCGUGGGCCCAGCCAAGAGACAGCCACCCUGUGCUGCGGGUCAAUCUCAACACUCUCAUCCACCGACGGUCAUGCAACUUUCUCAGCAAAAUAUGGAGCAGCCCACCGAGAAUCUCUGCGAGGCCAGCUCGAAACAUUUAGAUGUCACCGAUCUUGCUCAUGGACCCAGCGAGGAUGCUCGUCCUAAGGGCUUAGAGGAACAUAUCAAGAUGCCACCUGAAAGCGAUGCGGAGUCUGACAUUACUCUUCCGAGCAAGAUCUCCAUUAUUACAAGAUACACCUCGACCCCAACCACAAAUCCAUCUUGGACCUCUGAGGCUACCCCCAGCCCUGAUAGCCGGGCUUUUCAGCCUCCGAACAGCCUGCCACAUUCACUGACGGUCUGGCAUGAGAUUCCCACCGAUGGAUCCGAGCCUUGCGACUGGUGCUACAAUUUUGCUUAUGGCAUUGCGGGAUAUGAGCCAUUGCGCCCCGAGCUCACCGGUGUCUACCACGACCCAUGUACUGGCCAACGAUAUACAUAUACAGAUAGGAGGGAGCCAAGUCGCAUGUGCAUCAACUGCACCAUAGAUCGAGUCGCCAUUCUGGAUUGUGCCCACAGCAAAAUCGAACCUUUGCCUGGUCUUCCGCUGAACAAGCUUGAGGUUUGUGCGGCGUUUGAAGAACUCGCUGAAGCUUCGCUGGGCCUUAAGGAAGGAUCAAUGCACGCCGGAAAGCCAUUUCCCUCUCCCGGAUACCCAUGGUGCAGCAUCUGUCGAGAGCCUGCCUCAUACCAAUGCACAGGUCCCCAAGCCAUGAACAACAACAAAUUGUCCUUCGAAGGAUAUAUCCCUGCCGUUCGAGGCUGUUGUCUACGGCUUUGUGACUAUUGUGCCCACUAUGCCAAGCUAUACCGUGGUGACCUUGACGCGGUGAACAAGCGUGGAGAAGAAGACCCCAACAACAAGAUCGAGCUCCGUGCUGACGUUGCAUUCAUUCUGAAGCGUUCUCCUGGGAAUGAGUUCAAGCACCUGGCUGGUGUUCAGUAA